GGGUCUCAGGAGAAUAAAGUUUCAAGGAAAAAAAGCACGAAACAAAGCAAAGCAAAGCGCGCUUUUUCUCUCCUCUCGCGAGACUUCAGUCAAUGCGGAACUGCAUUUCGCCGCUUUAUUCGUCUCCUUAUUGGUUAUUCGGCUUUUGAGGGGCGUGUCGGCGCGUCACAAACAACCCGGGAACUCUUUGAAUACUGUCAGUGUGCAAUACAACGUCCGUGCGGCCGGUUUGCAUCCAAGUGUUUCUUAUUUUUACGCCAAAAUGCCCGCGACUUCAGAGAUCCACACAGAGGAGGUGCAGAAGGAGGUGAAGGCGGAGGAGCAGAGGAGCGGCUCUGGGCUGUUCUGUGAUGAACGCGGAUAUCUGGACCUGAUCCGGUACAUCCUGCAGAACGGCCGCAGGAAAGGGGACCGGACCGGGACGGGGGUCGUGUCUAUGUUCGGGGCUCAGGCCAGAUACAGUCUCAGAGAUCAGUUUCCUUUGCUGACCACCAAGAGAGUGUUUUGGAAAGGAAUCCUUGAAGAAUUGCUGUGGUUUAUCAAAGGAUCAACAAAUGCUAAGGAGCUGUCGGAGAAAGGGGUUAAGAUUUGGGAUGCCAACGGGUCCAGAGACUUCCUGGACAAGACUGGGUUUACUGACAGGGAGGAGGGGGACCUGGGGCCGGUCUAUGGUUUCCAGUGGAGGCACUUUGGCGCUGAAUACGUAAACAUGCAUACAGAUUACACAGGACAAGGUGUGGACCAGCUGCAGAAGGUCAUCGACACCAUUAAAACCAACCCAGAGGACAGGCGGAUCAUCAUGUGUGCUUGGAACCCCAAAGACUUACCCCUCAUGGCUCUGCCGCCAUGUCACGCUCUCUGUCAGUUCUACGUGUGCGACGGCGAGCUGUCGUGUCAGCUCUACCAGCGCUCAGGCGACAUGGGUCUGGGGGUUCCUUUUAAUAUCGCCAGUUACGCACUUCUCACCUACAUGAUCGCACACAUCACAGGACUCGAGCCUGGUGAUUUCGUUCAUACUCUGGGAGACGCUCACGUCUACGUUAACCACAUAGAGCCUCUCAAAGUCCAGCUUAAGAGAGAAAUCCGCCCCUUCCCAAAAUUGAAGAUCCUGAGAAAAGUGGAGCGUAUCGAUGAUUUCCGCGCAGAAGACUUUGAGAUCUGUGACUACAACCCACAUCCCACCAUCAAAAUGCAGAUGGCCGUGUAAACUCCAAACCUGUCCACGAUUAAGGGAAGAAAUCUGUUAGAAAUGGCGAUGCAGCUUUUAGAAAAUGUGAUCAAUAAUCAGUUGUUUUCUUUUGAUUUUCUUUUACAUUCACUGGUUUUAAAGGUCAGUUCAACCAGGUCAUAAAAACAGUCUAGUUAAUGCGUUACAUGUUCAUACUUGUGUCCUGGACAAAGUCCUUCCUUUUAAUACUCAGACUGAGAAACAGACUCAUGUUUUAAGUUUUCUAUAAUUGGAUUUCUGUGUUGAAUGCUUGUAAAAAAUUUAUUUUAUCUUAAGUGUGAUUCUUGUGUAAAUAAAAUCUACAUUUAUUGUCA